AUGGAGCCGAGCAUCAAUUCCUACGACAUUUCCUGGGACGACAGCAUCACAUUAGACAUUAAUGGCGCUUGUUUGGAAGACGACAUGUUUUUGAAUGGCUCUGAAUUGGAGGACGGUCUCUUUGAGGAGGUCUUUGGCAGUGAUGACAGUGGUGGGGGCGACAAUCAAUGA